UCUCCCCCAGCAGCCGCGUGGCCAUCACGCUGGAGAACACGCUGGUGAUCCUGUCCACGGUGGCGCCGGAUGCGGGGCGUUACUACGUGCAGGCGGUCAACGACAAGAACGGGGACAACAAGACGAGCCAGCCCAUCACCCUGACGGUGGCCAAUGUGGGUGGCCCAGCUGACCCCAUCGCACCCACCAUCAUUGUCCCUCCCAAGAACACCAGCGUGGUGGCCGGGACCUCGGAGGUGACCAUGGAGUGUGUGGCCAACGCCAGGCCACUGAUGAAGCUGCACAUCGUCUGGAAGAAGGACGGGGCGCCCGUGUCCAGCGGGAUCAGCGACUACAGCCGGCGGCUGACCAUCCUGCACCCCACCCUGAGCGACAGCGGCUUCUACGAGUGCCAGGCUGUGCUGCGCAGCAGCAGCGUCCCUGCUGUCACUGCUGGGGCCUUCCUAUCUGUGCUGGAGCCCCCUCAGUUCAUCAGGGAGCCGGAGAGGCACAUCACGGCCGAGAUGGAGAAGGUGGUGGCCAUCCCCUGCCAGGCCAAGGGUGUCCCCCCUCCCGAGAUGGCCUGGUACAAGGACGCUGCCCUGCUGCAGCUGGAGAAGCUGCCCCGUUUCCAGCUGCUGGAGGACGGCAGCCUGCAGAUCAGCGGGCUGCUCCCCGACGACACCGGAAUGUUCCAGUGCUUCGCCCGCAACGCGGCCGGCGAGGUGCAGACCACCACAUACCUGGCUGUGACCAGCAUCGCCCCCAACAUCACGCGGGGUCCCCAGGACAGCACGGUGAUCGAUGGCAUGGCCGUCAUCCUCAACUGCGAGACCUCGGGGGCGCCACGCCCGGCCAUCACCUGGCAGAAAGGGGAGCGGGUCCUGGCCAGCGGCUCGGUGCAGCUGCCCCGUUUCACCCUGCUGGAGUCGGGCAGCCUCCUGGUGAGCCCCGCGCACCUGUCUGACGCUGGCACCUACACCUGCCUGGCCACCAACUCCCGCGGCGUGGACGAGGCCUCUGCUGACCUGGUGGUCUGGGCAAGGACACGUAUCACAGACCCGCCACAGGACCAGAGUGUCAUCAAGGGCACCAAGGCUGUCAUGAGCUGCGGGGUCACCCAUGACCCCAGCGUGGACGUCAGUGCCUGGCCCCGUGGGACACCUGAGCUUCAGUGACAUCCUGGAUACGUCCCUGAAGGUCAGCUGGCAGGAGCCGCUGGAGAAGAACGGGAUCCUGACGGGCUACCGGAUCUCCUGGGAGGAGUACAACCGCACCAACACGCGGGUGACGCACUACCUGCCCAACGUCACCCUGGAGUACCGCGUCACCGGCCUCACCGCCCUCACCACCUACACCAUCGAGGUGGCCGCCAUGACCUCCAAGGGACAGGGACAGCUCUCCUCCUCCACCAUCUCCUCGGGGGUCCCCCCAGAGCUCCCCGGUGCCCCCACCAACCUGGGCAUCUCCAACAUCGGCCCCCGCUCUGUCACCAUCCAGUUCCGCCCGGGUUACGAUGGCAAAACCUCCAUCUCCCGCUGGCAGGUGGAGGCACAGGUGGGCCAGAACGGGGAGGCCGGCGAGUGGGGGCUCGUGCACCAGCUGGCCAAUGAGCCCGACAUGCGCUCCAUGGAGGUGCCCAACCUGAAGCCCUACACCUACUACAGUUUCCGCAUGCGGCAGGUGAACAUCGUGGGCACUAGCCCGCCCAGCCUGCCCUCCAGGAGGAUCCAGACCCUGCAGGCCCCCCCGGACAUGGCCCCUGCCAAUGUCACCCUGAGGACGGCCAGCGAGACCAGCCUGUGGCUGCGCUGGAUGCCCCUCCUGGAGCAGGAGUACAACGGGAGCCCCGACUCGGUGGGCUACAGGAUCCGGUACGCUCAGGCGGACGGGCGGGAGCAGCCGGCGCUGCAGCUGAUCCGUGACCGUGUCGAGAGGGAAUUCACCAUCGAGGACCUGCAGGAGUGGACCGAGUACCGCGUGCAGGUCCAGGCCUUCAACGCCAUCGGGCCAGGGCCCUGGAGCCCCCCGGUGCUGGGGCGCACGCGGGAGUCAGUGCCCUCCUCCGGCCCCAGCAAUGUGUCAGCAGUGGCCACCUCCUCCAGCAGCCUGCUGGUCCGAUGGAGUGACAUUCCUGAGGCUGACUGCAACGGGCUCAUCCUGGGCUACAAGCCGCUGUGGAUGAAGGUCAAGGACCUGGCUGAGGGCGUCACCUACCGCUUCCGAAUCCGCGCCAAAACCUUCGCCUAUGGGCCGGAUGUCGAGGCCAACAUCACCACGGGGCCCGGGGAAGGUGCCCCUGGCCCCCCUGGAGAACCCUUCAUCUCCCGCUAUGGCUCGGCCAUCACCAUCCACUGGUCCAGUGGGGACCCAGGCCAGGGUCCCAUCACCAGAUACGUCAUCGAGGCCCGGCCCUCAGACGAGGGGCUCUGGGACAUCCUCAUCAAAGACAUCCCCAAGGAGGUGACCUCCUACACCUUCAGCAUGGACAUCCUCAAGCAGGGCGUCAGCUACGACUUCCGAGUCAUUGCCGUCAAUGACUACGGCUACGGGACCCCCAGCACCCCUUCCCCCUCCGUGUCAGCCCAGAAAACCAACCCGUUCUAUGAGGAGUGGUGGUUUCUGGUGGUCAUCGCCCUGGUGGGGCUCAUCUUCAUCCUCCUCCUCGUCUUCGUGCUCAUCAUCCGCGGCCAGAGCAAGAAAUACUCCAAGAAGUCGGACUCAGAAAAGCCCCAAGAAUUAAGAGAAAAGGAAGAAGAGGAGGAGGAGGAGGAAGGGGAGCAGCUCCAGGGGUUUCUGCUGAAGCCAAGCGCCGUCCCUGGGGCUGGGGAGCGAACCCAGGGCCCCUCCUUGGCCAAAGCUUGUGGGUCACAGACUCCUCUGUUGAGGUGGGGCAGGGGGCUUGGGGGGCACCCACAUCGUCCCUGGUGCACCCACAUCGUCCUUGGUGCACUCACAUCGUCCUUGGUGCACCCACAUCACCCCUGGUGCACCCACAUCACCCCUGGCACCCCUGGAGCUGCUGCUGGGCCCCAGUGGGUGCUGGGGCUGGGGAAGGGGCUCCUGCCGUGCCAAACCCCCCAGCCCCUCCACCCGGGGCUCCCCCAGGACGUGGGGACAAGCAGGGACACAGAGACAGAGGAGCUCUGCUGGUCUUAAACCUCUGGACUUGAGCCCCCCACUCUGGACCCCCGCAGAAGGAUGCCAGGGGACAUUUCAUUGGUGCCAGGGGACCAUUCAUUGGUGCCCUCCCUGGUGCCCGGCCCAGCACAGCCGCCAGAGCAGGAGGAGCCAGGACUGGAACCCCAGGACAGCCCCAGAGGGGUGCACGUGGUGCUCAUCCCCCAAUUCUGCACCUCGGGGCCCUGGGGAGGACUCGGAUGGGGCCGCUGGAGCCUCCCCGUGGCGUUUCGGGUGCUUUGGGGCUUUUUAACGGGGUUUUGUGCAGGCUCUGAGGGCGUUGGGGGGUGUUGAUGCCCAGGGGGGGUCUGUGGCUGUUUUGGGGGUGUCUGCACAGCCCAGCCCAGCCCCUGCAGUGCCUAUGGGUGAGCCAGCCCCAGCCUGGCAGGGCCAGGGCACCCUGAGCCGAGGGAGAUGCCAAUAAACAGCCUGAGGACAAGCGUG